UAUAUUGAUAUAAAUGUAACAUAUUAUUAUUAUGUACCGUAAGCCGGGGUAACUUUGGCCCCGGGUGGUAACUUUGGCCCGCCGUUGGAAUUUCACAUACUUUUGUGUGGUGUGAUAAGACGUGUGACUAUUAUCAACAUAUUGUGGUGGUUUCCGAUAGUCAACAACACUGGUAACCGAAUAUGAUAACAGUUUUUGCCGCUAUCACUUGUCUUGUUAUCAAUAAAAAUUUUGUUUGUUGUCGAAGUUUUUGUUUCGAAAAAGUGUGCUUUUAAAACUUUUAUUUGGUGUUUUAUGAUUUAAUCGACUUAGUACUCGGUAAGUAAGAAUAUUGUCUCACAUAUAUAAUCGUUAUAAAGUAUUUAUCAACAAUUGUAAAAAAACAAUUUUUUUUGGUUGGUUAAAACACGUUUUUAAGGUCGGGGUAACUUUGGCCCUGGGACAAUGUUCCCCGAUAGCUACAAUCUGAGUCGAACAAUUUUGUUUAUUUUCCUUUUUUUGGCAUUAUAAUACUAUUUCCGUGUUUUAAAUAGUCCCUCUAGGUACUUAAUUUGUAUAGUAUCUCAUCUGUCUCUUCUUUUUUGUUUAAUAGAUCAACAUGCCGCGUAAAGUAAAACGUAAGCCCGGUACUAGGACGUACCAAAAUUAUAGUGAACAUAAUUUACAAAUGUGCCUGAAGUCAAUAAGAUUAAAAUUAAUGAGUCAACGUGCAGCAUCAAAUCACUAUAAGGUACCUAGAUCGACCAUAAAAAAUAAAUUAAAAAAUGACCAUGGCAAAAGUGUUGGCCGUCCGACAGUCUUUAGCCGUGAACAAGAACUAAGUUUUGCUCAGCACUGUGUUACUUUGGCUAAUUACGGAUUUCCAUUGAUACCUUAUGACCUAAAAAUGACAAUAAGUCGAUAUUUGAAUAGCAAAGGUACUCAAGUACCACAAUUUAAAAACAAUAUACCGGGAGAUGAUUGGGUCAGCGGUUUUCUUAAAAGACAUCCCGAAUUGUCGGUUAAGUUUAGUGCAAAUAUUAAAAAAACUCGCGCCAACAUAACAUCAAGUGACAUUAAUGAUUAUAUGGACCGCCUCGAAAGGACGUUGAGUGGUAUUCCGCCUUCGAGGAUAUAUAAUUACGACGAGACGAACUUAACCGACGACCCGGGAAAUAAAAAAGUUAUUUCAAAAAGAGGUUCAAAAUAUGUAGAAAAUAUUUGCAAUUCUAGCAAAAGCGCCAUUUCCCUAAUGUUUUGUGGCAAUGCGGAGGGUCAUGUCAUUCCCACGUAUGUGGUGUAUAAAGCGGAAUCAUUGUGGACUACGUGGACAGAAGGUGGUCCACCUCGUACCCGGUACAACAGAACCAAAAGUGGUUGGUUCGACUCCGUCACCUUUGAAAACUGGUUCGAGACUGUUUUCUUGAAGGAAGUAGAAGGUGGCGGACCUUCAGCGUUGAUAGGUGAUAAUUUGGCCUCUCACAUCAACGAACGUGUGUUGAGGUUAUGUGAUGAACACGAUAUCAAAUUUAUAUGUUUACCUCCGAAUACAACUCAUAUUUCCCAACCACUGGACAUCGCUUUUUUCCGGCCAAUGAAGGGAGCUUGGAGGGAACUGUUGAGAGAGUGGAAAAAAACCAAACAUGGUUCUUGCUUCUCUACAUUACCUAAAGACGUGUUCCCAAGGCUUCUCGCCAAGUUGAUGGACAAACUGGAAUUUACAAAAACACAGAACUUGCAAUCGGGAUUUGCAAAAGCUGGUAUCUACCCUAUUAACAGGCAAAAGCUUCUCGAUCGAUUAGCAGAAAAUAAAAAUUGCACACUGGACGAAGAUUUGAUCGGACAGGCGUUCUUAGAUCGUCUUCAAAAAGAACGCGAAGAUUUCAUAGGUGGACCUGGCAAGCCACGAAAAAAAAAAUUGCAAGUUUUACCCGGAAACAGUAUUUCUUAUGAAGACCUCCAACAGGCAAGUGUUGAUACCGGACCUGUGGCAAAAAAUAAAAAACGUAAAGUUGUGUCUUCUUCCUCCAGCGAUGAAUCCGAUAUUAUGGAUUUUGUCGAUGAGUCAGAUAGUGGCAGUGAAGAGGACAGUGAUGAAAACGUGGAUAACCUACAUGCAGACGAAGUUGAAGCCAAUGAACCUCAAGCCGGUGAACCUGAAAGCAAUCAAGCUUCGUACAACGUUGGAGAUUUUGUUAUUGUAAUGUUUGAGAACAAAAAGUUUCCGGGUCGUAUAACUGCGAUAAGGGAAAAAGGCGCAGAAGUAGAUUGCAUGGAAAAGAGGUCAAAAAGCUGGCGGUGGCCGACAAAAAAAGAUUGCAUCGAAUAUGAGUGGGGCGACGUAAUCGGCAAAAUAAAACCACCUAAGUUAUGCAAACGUAAUUUUUUCCUGGUUCCAGAUCUGGACGAAUUUGUUUGAAAACAUAAAUUUA